AUGCUGAGGCAGUGGAGCAGUCAUGUGGCCAGAAUGCCAAAGCUGCAUAGGCAGAUUAUACCUUUGAGAAAUAUUCACGUCACUGGCUCCAUGCUGGAAAAAGAUCAGGACCAAAACAGCAAGUACAUAGAGAGACUUCAUUUGGAUUCAGAACCCAUCAAUUCUCAGACAAACGAUUCCACCUACGAAUCAUACCAGAGAUUUCAGGCGAUGUUCAUGGGAGUAAUGGUCAUUAUUGGAUCGAUUGGAGGGUAUGAGUUGUAUAGAAACUGGGAUUAUGUGAAAAGAAAGGUUGUUGGAGAUUCUUACGAUAUGUCAAAAUUUGAAGAGGUCUACGCGCAGAUUCAGGCAAAGCAGGAAAGAAAGAAGAACAAGAUCGAUACACUCAAUGCCACUGUGACUAAUCCAAAUACAAGUGACGUUCCGGGAUUGUAUAUUUGUGGAGAUAACUCCACCCAGAUGGUCUCUAGCGAUCCCAAAGUCAAGUUCCAGUCGGUGCUGAAGCGUCUGGACAUUUUUGACAACAUGCUGGUUCGGGACGUGGCUUUGGGAGAGGCCUCUGGUGCUUUAAUUAACGAAAAAGGACAUUUAUACCAAUGGGGUGCAGGAUUUGGAGGAGACUCGUCCAAGCCAACGCUGAAGGGUAAAGAUUUGGUGAAGGUGAAGAUCAGCAACGGACUGAUCUACGCUCUUACGAAACGAGGAGAGGUUCUAUUUUUGCCUGAGAGCGCAAACGAACAGCAACAAUAUAGGGAAAAAGAUAAGGGAUGGUUUUUUUCUGGCACCCGAAACUAUGGCAAGUUGGUUACCAGCAGACCGAUCAAAGACAUUGUCACUGGAAAAGAGCAUUUGGUUCUUCUGGAUAAUAAAGGGCUUGUUUAUACUGCAGCUACUGGUCUUGAACCAUUGAAGAAGUCGUACGGUCAGUUUGGUCUUCCUGAAUAUUCUCAGUUUGAUGAGCCGCCUGUACCCAACGAACUUCAUGAAGUGACUUUGCUAAACCGCGUGCGAGAAAAUGAUAUUUUGACCCAGCGUGAAAUUAAGAAAAUUGCUGCCGGAGAUUACUUCACGGUGUGUCUGGACAGCCUAGGAAACAUUUGGGCUUUCGGCAAAAACACCUACGGAUCCCUAGGCAAGGAAGUCAAUUACAAAACUGAAAUUGUGCCAUACCCAUGCAAGGUGGAAUUGGUCAGCAAGAGAUUCAAGAGAAGCGAUCUUCCUCAGUGCAUUGACAUCGCUGCAGGUGGAGAUACCGCGUUUGCAUCGUUCGUGUCUUCGGACAUUUACCAGCUGUUUGAACACAGCUUGAAAAACUCCAAAGAUCUGGAUUUGAGCAUGCUUUCUGAGCAGCAAAAGGAGUCUUUAGUUCACUUUGCGUGGGGACACGGAUUGAAGGGCGAGCUUGGAAAUGGGCGUUUUGUGCAUGGCCAGGCAGAGCCAACAAAAAUACAGAAACUCAACGAUAUUCGGGAAUUCGACGAGACCAAGGGAAAAUUGGAGGUCCUCGGCUUGCGGCAAUGGAGUAUUGGAAGCAACCAUGCCGUGGCUACGCUGUCUAACGGAGACGUUUAUGACUGGGGAGAUAAUGAAUUUGGACAGCUUGGAAACGGUAAGCGAAUCCGGUCUGGAGUCCCGACCCCGGUUCCUGCGCUUUUGGAGCCUGGAAAGCCUUUUGUCAAAAGUGAAAAUAACCGUUUACAACUAAAGGCAACCAAAAAGUACGAACAAGUGGCCGUGGCCGGCCCAAGCACCACUGCUAUAUACUACAAAUGUAAAUAG